GGUGCUGUAGAGAGAAGCAACAACCCUAUUACCACCAUUCCUGGCAAAAUCCAUUGUUCCUGAAGAACACUGGUAAAACAUACCUGUUUCUGGGGGAAGAGAGGGAAAUUUCUCCCUUCUGGACAAAGAAUAAUCGCUGGUAGGGAAGGAACAAAACUUGUCUGACUUUAGAUGAGGGACUAUGAAAUAAUCUGGCUCUAAGACCCCACUGUGUAACCAGUUCUGCUGCUAUGGGGGGGGGGUCAUACAAACCGCAGAUGAGGUAGUUUAGCUAUUGGGAAAUGAGGAAAGAAUGUUAAGCUAUAUCACAGAAGGUCUGACACAAGGCCUACAGAAGUAGGCUAGUCAAGGCCAAUUUGCUAUGAAUUUAGUGACAAGAAAUCAGUCUGUUGCUGAGAAAACAGAGAGAGUGUAAAUAAUAGAUUAAAGUGAUGCAGACGGCGUGGGCGCGGGCAUUGUCCCGAGCCUGGCCCGAGCAUCCUUGCCCUGGCGCCGCCCCCAGCGCCCCUCCGGCCAGCCAGACCCAGCCAUGAUCAAGGCCAUCCUCAUCUUCAAAACCACGGGAAGCGGGCCGCUGUCCAAGUUCUACCAGUCCUACAGUGAAGACACCCAGCAGCAGAUCAUCCGGGAGACCUUCCACCUAGUGUCCAAGAGAGACGAGAAUGUCUGCAACUUCCUGUUAAUUGGAGGCUCUGACAACAAGCUGAUCUACAGACACUAUGCAACCCUGUAGUUUGUCUUCUGUGUGGAUUCCUCAGAAAGCGAACUUGGCAUUUUAGACCUCAUUCAAGUGUUCGUUGAGACCUUAGACAAAUGUUUGGAGAAUGUAUGUGAGCUGGACUUAAUAUUCCAUGUAGACAAGGUUCACAAUAUCCUGGCAGAAAUGGUGAUGGGCGGAAUGGUGCUGGAGACCAACAUGAAUGAAAUUGUCAUGCAGAUCGAUGUGCAGAACAAACUGGAGAAGUCUGAGGCUGGCUUGGCAGGCGCUCCAGCUCCGGCUGUAUCAGCUGUAAAGAAUAUGAACCUUCCCGAGAUCCCAAGAAAUAUUAACAUUGGUGACAUCAGUAUAAAAGUGCCAAACCUGCCCUCUUUUAAGUAAAAUAUUAAAAAGACCACUCCCAGGUAAAACCCAGGGGAAAAAGUCAUCUAAGUUUACCAUGCAGUUGUUUACCAAAAAUAGAGGAAGCGAGUCUUAACUUUUGCUCUUGGAUUUAAGUCAGGGUACUGUAUAGAAGGUGCGUAAAAUCAGUAUGGAAGCUCAUUGUUGCUUUUCUUGCUCAGUGAUUUUAAAGAAAAUUGAAUAGUAUAGUUCCUCUGUGUGUGUGUGUGUG